CUUCUCUCAAUACAGAAAGUUAUCAAUGGCAUCAACCAAAUCCUUCAUUACUGCUUUACUUCUUGUUGUAACAAUGUCAAGCACGAUCUUAGAAGCUCGCCAACUUUUACAAACAUCUUCACAACAACCUAAUUUUCCUACCAUUCCCUCUUUACCAACAACAUUGCCACCUUUGCCUUCAAUUUCAUCAAUGCCUCAAGCAAGUCUUCCUCCAUUACCUACUAACAUUCCAUCUCUUCCUAAACUCAUUAUCCCACCACUUCCUACCUUUCCUACAAAUAUUCCAACUCUCAACGUUCCACCAUUGCCUGCAAUCACUUCACUUCCCAACAUCCCCACCUCAAUCCCAACCACAUUCCCCUCCAUCCCAUUUCUCUCCCCACCACCUUCUUCAACCUCUAGCCCUUAAACACUUCUUUACAAUGUGGACAUUACUGCUUCAUUUCUUUAUCGUGUGUGAUGAAAUAUAAUGCUAGUAAUAUCUUUGCUGUAUUGUAUGGUGUGAAAAAGUCUUUGUAUUUUUUUCUCUUUUUUCUUAUCAAUU